UUCUCGAGUAGGCGAGGGUGGUUGCCGUGACAACUCUGCCGCCCCUUCGACCCCUUUCAGGAAAUGCGUUUAAAGAAGCGAGAAAGCCAGGAACUUGUCAGGAGAAAACUCUGAAGGCGGAGGAGAGUCGACGAGGGGGAAGUUUAGUUUGAACCGGAGAAUGUUGCGGACGAGUACCAAAGCCGAGAAGAUGGUUGUUAAAGAAUACCGUGUUCUCCUUCCAAUUUCCGUUGAAGAGUACCAGGUGGGACAGCUGUACUCGGUGGCUGAGGCCAGUAAAAAUGAGACUGGUGGAGGAGAGGGGGUGGAGGUGCUGAAGAACGAGCCGUAUGAGAACGAGGAUGGAGAGAAAGGGCAGUACACGCACAAGAUUUACCACCUACACAGUAAAGUACCCACAUUUGUACGGGUGCUCGCUCCGUCCUCUGCUCUGAAUAUCCAUGAGAAGGCCUGGAAUGCUUACCCCUACUGUCGCACGAUUCUCACAAACGAGUACAUGAAGGAUGACUUCAUGAUCAAGAUUGAGACAUGGCACAAGCCUGACUUUGGUGAACAGGAAAACGUACAUAAGCUGGACCCAGAUGCCUGGAAAAAGGUGGAGGUUGUCCACAUCAACAUUGCAGACAGGAGUCAGGUAGACACUAAGGACUAUAAACCAGAGGAGGACCCAGCUACGUUCAAGUCAGCAAAAACCGGACGUGGACCUUUAGGGCCUGCCUGGAAGAUGGAGCUUCAUCAGAAGGCUGACUGCCCUCACAUGUGUGCCUACAAACUCGUCACUGUGAAGUUCAAGUGGUUUGGCUUGCAGAACAAAGUAGAGGGCUUCAUCCACAAGCAAGAGAAGCGUCUGUUUACCAACUUCCACAGACAGCUCUUCUGUUGGAUUGAUAAGUGGGUUGAUUUGACGAUGGAGGACAUUCGGCGGAUGGAAGACGAGACACAGAAGGAACUUGAUAAGAUGAGAGAAAAGGACCCAGUCAAAGGGAUGUCUGCUACAGACGACUAAGGCUCUGCAGCUGGCGGUGUAUUUUGUCCAACCUGCAGCAGUAUUGUUCCCCUCUCGGACAGUGGUGUUAGAGAGACUCCGCCCCAUGACUCCGCUCCAUGUCCAGUCUCCUGAACUGUGGAGUUGGUACAUGCUGCACAGGGACCCCAACGUCUUACACUAAUCAAUGUCACUGCUAAGAAUGUUUGUUUGUUUUUGUUUGUUUGUUUGUUUGUUUUGAUUUUUGCUGACCUGAAUCCCCCCACCAAUUAUUAUUAUUAUCAUUUUUUAAAAAACUUUGUUUGUUUGUUUGUUUUGGUUUACUUUAAUGUAUCACACAGUUUGCAUCAUCACUGUCAAAACCACAACACUGUCAUAACCACAGCACUCCGAGCGGCUAUGCUCACUUCUGAGUUGCCUUCACUCCACUGUUGUGUGUUCCCAAGCUGCCUUGCGGUGCCGUUGUCUGGUUCCUCUUAGAGUAUGUCUGGAUAGGUUGUCUCCAUGGAUACAGACCUACGGCGGUACUGACUCCUAACCACAUCCUUCACUGUGUUUGUACAGACCUGGGAAGACUGAGGAGUGUGGUCUAAUUGUGUUUACAUGACGUAACUUCAGCCUGGUUAAUGUAUGUCGUGGUAAUCAGCCUUCACUCUACUGGCCAGCCGAGACCUGCCAUCUUUUUCAAUUGGCUCUAUAUGUUGUCUGCUUUGCCUCCAUUUUAAACUGGGGCUUCUAAACUAUGCUAUUUAUUCACAGGGUAUUUUGCAUUUUGUCCAGGGUUUUUUUUUUCUUUUUUUUAAUGAGAUAAUGAAACACUGUAUCUGUUUAAUGACAUGAUGUUCUACUUUUCUCCAAAUUGGAUCAUGAUUUGAAACAAAAUGAAAGUGAAAUAAACAGAACUUAUAUUGGUA